AUGGCAAGAGCAAAUAACAGGACACAAUGCUUUACAUGUAAUAAAGACAAAAUAACAUAUCCUUGUAAAGGAUGUUCAAAAGAAUUUUGUUUAACACAUUUAACAGAACAUCAACAAAUAUUAAAUGAAGAAUUAAAUUAUAUUAUUAAUGAUUAUGAUCAAUUUAAACAAACAAUUGAUGAACAAAAACAAAAUCACUUAUUAAUAAAACAAAUAAAUCAGUGGGAAAAAAAUUCUAUCGAAAAAAUUCAACAAAAAGCACAACAAUGUAGAAAAAUUGUCCUUGAAUCAUCACAAACAUCUAUUAAUGAUAUUGAAAUGAAAUUUAACGAUUUAUCUGAACAAAUAAAAGAAAUUCAUCAAGAAAAUGCAUUUAAUGAAAUUGAUUUAAAUUAUUUAAAAAAUCAAUUGAGAGAAAUUACAAAAGAAUUAAAUAAUUCAUCAAAUAUGUCUAUUCAACAUAAUUCACAACCGUUCAUUAAUGAUAUUUCAGUUAUUAAUCAAAUUCCAAUUGUUAAUGAUAUUCCAAUUAUUUUAUCAAAAAAACCAAAAUUCAAUAAAUGGAAACAAAAUGCCAUCACUGUGGCAGCUGGAAAUGGACAAGGACAAAAACUAAGUCAAUUCAAUUGUCCUGACGGAAUCUUUAUUGAUAAAAAUAAAACUAUUUUCAUCACUGAUUCUUGGAAUGAUCGUGUUGUUAAAUGGAAACAUAAUGCUAAGGAAGGACAAAUAACUGUGGGUGGAAAUGGGCAAGGAAAUCGAAUGGAUCAAUUGAGCCAUCCAACAGAUAUGAUUGUUGAUCAACAAAAUCAUUCGAUCAUCAUUGCUGAUCAAGAAAACAGACGAAUAAUUCAAUGGUUGAAUCGGAAUCAGCAAAUUUUUAUUGAUAAUAUUGACUGUUAUGGCUUGGCAAUGGAUAAACAUGGAUUUCUUUAUGUCUCUGAUUAUAAGAAAGAUGAAGUGAGACGAUGGAAAAUAGGUGAAUACAAUGAAGGAAUUGUAGUGGCAGGUGGAAAUGAUAGAGGAAAUAAACUCAAUCAGCUCUCUUCUCCAGGUUUUAUCUUUGUGGAUGACGCUCAAUCUGUUUAUGUAUCAGAUGUGAACAAUCAUCGUGUAAUGAAAUGGAGAAAAGAUGCAAAAGAAGGAAGAAUUGUGGCUGGAGGAAAUGGUCAAGGGGGAAAUCUCAAUCAAUUGUUUUCACCUCAAGGAGUCAUUGUUGAUGAUUCAGGUCAAAUCUAUGUGGCAGAUGCUAUGAAUGAUCGAAUAAUGCGUUGGUUUGAAGGAGAUGCAGAGGGUGAAAUUGUUGUUGGUGGAAAUGGUCAAGGAAAGGAAUUAAAUCAGUUGAAUGGUCCUCGUGGUUUAUCUUUUGAUGACGAAAAUAAUCUUUAUGUUGCUGAUUACUGGAAUCAUCGAAUUGAAAAAUUUGAAAUAAUUAUUAUAACAGUUCAAAACAAAUCUCAAAUAUGUAAGAACACACCUCAAUAUGGUGAAUGUUCAACAAACAGUGCAUGUGGAUUCUUUCAUAUAAUAGGUGCUAAUAAUAAUACAGGCAUUUGUGGUUUUCGCUGGCCAACAUGUUCCCGUCUUGUACUGUGUAAUUCAUCAGACUAUUCAUGUUCUCAACCUAAUACGACGUGUGUUCAACAUCCACAAUGUAAUAAUCUUCCUGUUUGCUAUCCAGUUACAAUGACUGAUCAAAGAAUCUGUCCACCAAUGAAAAACAAGACCAAUCUUAAAUGGAAACAAAAUGCUAUCACUGUGGCUGGUGGAAAUGGAGAAAGACCAAAAUUAGAUCAACUCAGUAGCCCUGAUGGAAUCUUUAUUGAUAAAAAGAAAAAUAUUUUCAUUGCUGAUCACGGCAAUCAUCGUAUUGUUGAAUGGAAAUACAAUGCAAAAGAAGGACAAAUCAUUGCAGGUGGAAAUGGCAAUGGAAAUCAAAUGGAUCAAUUGUAUUAUCCAAUAGAUGUGAUUGUUGACCAACAAAAUCAUUCAAUCAUCAUUGCUGAUCCUGGGAAUAGACGUGUGAUUCAAUGGUUGAAUCAAACUCAACAGAUUCUCAUUGACAAUAUUGACUGUUGGGGUUUAGCAAUGGAUAAACAUGGAUUUCUUUAUGUUUCUGAUGGUGCGAAGAAUGAACUGAGACGAUGGAAAAUGGGAGAAUAUAACAAUGAAGGAAUUGUAGUGGCAGGUGGAAAUGGAAAAGGAAAUCAACUCAAUCAACUUAGUACUCCUGGUUUUAUCUUUGUUGAUGAAGAACAAUCUGUUUAUGUAUCAGAUAGAGACAAUCAUCGUGUGAUGAAAUGGAGAAAAGAUACAAGAACAGGACGAAUUGUGGCUGGAGGAAAUGGUAAUGGAAAGAAUCUCAAUCAACUGUCUUCACCUUUUGGAGUAAUUGUUGAUGAUUUGGAUCAAAUCUAUGUGGCAGAUUAUGGAAAUGAUCGAAUAAUGCGUUGGUGUGAAGGAAAAGAAGAAGGUGAAAUUGUUGUUGGUGGAAAUGGUCAAGGAGAGCAAUCAAAUCAAUUGAAUGGUCCCAGUGGUUUUUCUUUUGAUGAUGAAGGCAAUCUUUAUGUUGCUGAUAAUCGGAAUCAUCGAAUUCAGAAAUUUGAAAUAAUUUUGUGA